AUGGCAACUCUUAUCCCAACAAAGGGAAAGCCCAUGAUGUUGGGGCCAAACAGCAACGCUUGGUGUGCCUAUCACAGGGCUAAGGGACACGACACAAAGAAGUGUUUCAGGUUAAGAGACCUCGUUGAAGAACUAAUUAAGAGCGGCCACCUGCGAAAAUUCAUCAACGACGCCGCCCAAGGGCGAGUCGUCGUGCCCAAGGUCCAUAGACAGGAUUCCAAGGAACCGCCAGAACGAGACGAGGACCAAACAAGGGCGAGAAUCGCAGUAAAUACUAUUGCUGGUGGAUUUUCAGGAGGAAGCGGCUCAAACAACGUCAGAAAGAAGUAUGCUAGAAGCGUAACUCAUGAGACUUAUCUAGUGGGAAAUACGUCUUUUUCACCAGCACCAGAUAUAUCAUUCACUGCUGAGGAUAGUCAAGGAGUGUUCCCACAUGAUGAUGAUCCUCUGGUCAUUCAAGUGCAAAUUCUGAAUUGUGAUGUGAAAAGGUUCUUGAUUGAUUCUGGUAGUUCAGCAGAUAUUAUGUAUUGGGAAGCUUUCAAGGCAAUGCAGUUGGCUGAAGAGCAGUUACAACCAUACGUGGGAACUUUAGUAGGAUUUUCAGGAGAGCAGGUGGAAGUUAUGGGAUAUACAACGCUCCUGACAACUUUUGGCGAGAAAGAAAACGCAAAGACAAUUAAGGUACGAUAUUUGGUUGUAAAGACGCCUUUCACAUCUUAUAAUAUCAUCAUCGGAAGGCCUGGUUCCAACGCUUUAGGCACGGUCCUUUCCACCUUAUAUUUGUCAAUGAAAUACCCUUUGGACAAUGGUGGCGUGGGGACCAUUAAAGGCGAUCAACUCCUGGCGAGACGAUGUUAUGAGUCAAGUCUGAAGAUUUGGCACAAGAUACCUAGUGGAAAUGGAGGUUUUCGAUCAGGAUAUCCCGGGAACCAAGGAGGAAUAAACAUGGUUGAUUCAGCAGAUAUGGAUCCUAGAGAGGAGUUUCAAGAUAGGCGAGUCAGUCCAAUAGAGGAAUUGGAGCAAAUACAGAUUGGUUUGGAGCCUCAUCAAACCACGAACUUGGGAAAUGUCGGGCGAUAA